GCCAUCAAUUGUUGUAAAGUGAGGUAAUAGUGGUUCUACACUACACCAUGCUUCAUACAGUAGUGUAUUUUUUUUUUUUUUCAACAAAGAGUCAAUUUGAAGGUAUCACUAAUAAGUGAAGGUAUAGCCUCAUAUAUACUUCUUAUAUAACUAUUUUAUCAUGAAUUUCAAUCAAAUUUAAAACUUAAUCACUUAUUAUUAACGCAAGGCGUCAGAGAAGAAUAUUUAUAGCAACUAACCUCCUCUUUAAUUGUCUACGGUUACAAAAUACUCCGUAAUUCCUUAACAUUAUUUCUAUCAUUAAUGUGAGAAAGAAAUAUUUCGAUAACUUAUAUCCCCAAAACAUUUUUUACAAACUCUCAAGAAAAACUUUAACUCAACUAUGCUAUCAUUGCAAUUAAUCACCAUUAUGUCUCUUGCAAUAAAUCUACCUUCUCUCCAAAUAUGUUAGGUCUCUUGCAACAAAUUUCUGCCUAAUUUUUUUUAUAUGUUCAAUGUUAAUUACCCUAUAAAUGUCAUCUCAAACCUCAUUGUUUAUUGAAUGACACCAAACAAACACGUUUUAUAUACUAUGUCUAAGACGGCCAACAUAACACACCCAUACACCACGACCAUCAAGUUUGAGUUGGGCUAAUAUAGUCUAUAACCCAAGAAAUUAGGGGUGAUUCCACUCUUUUGAAAGUUUCGAAACCGGUUUAGAGUGCCCUAGCAAGUUGUAUCGAUCAUAAAUUUACAUGGUACUACACUACUACGAAACAAAAAACAACCUUUGAGAAAGCUCUGAUCUUCUACCUGUUUUUCAAAAUUUCCCCGCUAAAAAAUACCCCUUAUGGAGUCAGAGGGGCUCCGAAAUCCUACAAACCCAUCUGCAGUUUUGGCUUCUCUUUUGACUAAAAGAGCUAAGAUUCAUGAAGAACUCAGAAACAUUGAGAAACAGGUCUUUGACAUGGAGACGACUUAUUUACAGGACCCUAGCCAAUGUGGAAAUGUAUUGAAAGGUUAUGAUGGGUUCUUAUCUACAUCAAAGAGUACCACACUGCUGAAGAGGUCCAGGAAGUUUCAGACGGAAGACAGGCUAUUUUCUUUAUCUUCAAUUACCUCACCAGCAGCAGAAGAACAAGCAUAUGGAAGAGAAGAUGGAAGAUUGGAAUCUGGUCCAGGUCGAUACAGGGGAAUGGGUGUGGUCGGAAAUGGACAGGGCAAACCGAAGAAAGGCAGAGGAGCUAGAGAAGGGAAAAGAAUCAAACAUAAUGAUCAGGAUUUCGAUUAUGAUGACGAUGCUGAAAUGUAGCGGUUUACUACUAGUCUACUACGAGAAAGAUCUACUAGCUGAUAAUCUAUGUAUCACUGAUCCAUCUGAAUACAUCAGCCAAUGUAUACUGCAAGUGUUUUUUUUUUUUUUUUUUGGUGGGGUUGGGGGAGUACAGUCUCUGAUGUACAUGUAAAUCAGAGGAAUUGAAGUAAUUUUCUUGGUAAAGAAAGUUUGAGUUCUUA